AAAAACAUUGUGUCAUUGACCUGAUAGCCUACUUAAUAAUUUGAGUUCAACAUCAUCCAGGGCAGUGACCUGAAAAUGAGAGCAGACUACAAGGUUAUCAGCUGUAAAGUAGACAGCACAACAGCGCCAGUAGAACACUCCUCAGUCCUUUCUCAGUUCAGUUCUUGAUGUAACAUUAGACAGCAAAACUACGAUUUUGAUAAAGAAUGAGAUUGGUAAUCCUGGAAAACACAAGCCAAGUAGCAGAGUGGUCUGCUAGAUAUGUUCUCCAGAAAAUCAGAGACUACAAUCCUGGACCUGACAGGUACUUUGUGCUUGGGCUGCCAACAGGAGGUACUCCUCUGGGCAUGUAUCAGAAACUUAUAGAAUAUCAUAAAGCGGGCAAGAUAUCUUUCAAGUACGUCAAGACUUUCAACAUGGAUGAGUAUGUUGAUUUGCCUAGAGAUCACCCAGAAAGUUACCAUUUCUAUAUGUGGAACAACUUCUUCAAGCACAUUGACAUUGAUCCAGCCAAUGUUCACAUUCUGGAUGGCAAUACUACCAACCUAACAGAGGAGUGUGUUAGUUUUGAAGAGAAGAUUAAGAAAGCCGGUGGAGUCCAUCUAUUCAUAGGAGGCAUCGGACCAGAUGGCCAUAUAGCUUUCAACGAGCCUGGCUCAUCUCUGGUGUCUCGUACCCGAGUGAAGACUCUUGCUCAAGAAACUUUAGAGGCCAAUGCAAGAUUCUUUGGCAAUGAUUUAAGCAAAGUGCCCAAACAGGCACUAACGGUGGGAGUUGGAACUGUUAUGGACGCACAAGAAGUAAUGAUUUUGAUCACUGGGACACAUAAGGCGUUUGCACUCUACAAGGCAGUAGAGGAGGGAGUUAACCACAUGUGGACUGUAUCAGCCUUCCAGCAGCAUCCCCACACUAUUAUGGUCUGUGACGAGGAUGCCACUCAGGAGUUGAGAGUUAAGACUGUCAAAUACUUCAAGGAUCUAGGUCUUGUUCACCAAAAACUCAUUGAAGAGGACUUUUGGUUGUCAAAAUGAAUUUGGAACAUGUGCACAACAAGCUGAUUGAAACUGAGACUGCUCAAGCGUCAUCUCCUGUUUGAAGCCUUCAUCUCAAUAUUGCAAUCAAGUAUAUUCAACAUUCCAUGCAUAAAUACUAGAGCUUUUAUGAAACAGUUUAUUUAUGUGUAUUUAUAUAUAAUCAAUGUUAAUGGGUGAAGUAGUGAUCAAGGCAAGUAAGAUGUCUUCGAUAUCAAAAGAAAUGUCAGUAUUUUUUAUUCAAUGAAUGUAUUAUGCUGAGGUACUUGGUGGUUUGUUUCAAUCGUUAAAGUCUGUAAUUGUGAGAACGCCACUUGCAACAUUGUUGUUUACUCUUAUAGGAAACUAUUUCCAAUUGUGUUUACUAUUCAUUCACGAUCCACAUUUGAAUGAAUUCAUUGUUAGGCUCUUUAAAGCUUUCUUAAUUUAAAUGAUUAAUUCUCAAAUGUGAGUGAUACUAAUUUGCUCAGUAAUUAACUAAUGUGUGAUUGUGGAAUGUUUAAACCAAGCAGACACUUAAUAAUAAUUGGUGUCACUUGCAAAUAAUGCCAUACUUAGUUACAAGUUAAAUGUACUGUACAGUAUUACAGUAAAACAGCUUCUGUACAGCAGGAAAAUUUGUAUGAAGAAAUCCUAUUAUAGUGUCAGCUCUUAUUGCAAAACCAUGAUGACUAGUAUAGGUGUCAUCAUGUUGUAACCUGUUAUUUGCAGUCUGGUCUUGGAGUGCUUGAUUGCAAAUAAUAGACAGAAACUAUGGUUGAACCUGGGCUGUGGCAGGCAAAGUAAAGAAACCAGUGCUUGUAUUUGUAUACUAAGCAGCAGAAGAAGGAGAUACUUCUGUCUAUGCUGUAUUGUAGCGAAAAUGAUUUUUUACCAAUGUUAUGUAUUGUAUGAGAUUUAUUUUCAAGUUGUCUUAAUAUUGAUAUAAGUAAUAAUGUGAAAUAUCUUUAAUUAUAGAAUGAAUUGGAGCUUUGUUCAGUUUUUAGUAUACCCAGUUUAAUUUUAUUUGUGUUGAAAAAUGUGUUUACAAUGAUUACACACAAACAAUUCUCAUAACAUGCUAGUGACAUGCCACCUUUAGCUUGUCAUUAAUGAGUUGUAAAUUAGAGCAAAUCUUCGUGCAGGCAUUUUUUAUUAAUGUCUUUGUGUUUUAGGCUUAAACAAACAUGUUUUAAAGGUAAUAAUGUGUCAAUGGAAAUUGAUGAACACCAUGAAAAUGUAUUUCAUUACAUAAACCGUCCUCAUAAUCCUGAAUCCUGAUUUCAGCCUUAAAUCUAGCACUGUUUUUAUAUAUAUAUAAAAUAUGAAAUAGUAUUAUCGAACAAUAUUUGACUGCCAACUUGCCUUUAAUAAAUGUUUGUAUAUAAUGUGUAGAUCAUGCUGGAAGAGGUGCCUUUUUAUAUUGAUAUCUCCUCAAACAUUCGGGUUGAUAAGUUUUUUUUCUAAUUAAUUUAAUAUUUAAUUUUCCCUCAAAAUUAUCCAAGGAUUUUAUUAUGAGAUAAUUUUUAUGUAAAGAAAAUCCUCUUGCCUCUGUACUUACUUAUAAUUAAACAAUAGUGGUGUUAUAGCUUACUUAAUGACAUUUUAUUUUUUAAAUGCUUAUACAGGGAAUGAACAAACAUGCAUUUAUCUUAUAUUAUCAUAUUAAAUUGCUUGGUAGGUAUUUUCAUUAGCUCAGUUUGUAUUUGAUAUUUUAUUAUUUAUGUUGAGAAGUACAUAUUUUAUAAACAUUAAUUGUUUAAUUUUUAAACUGUGCAUAUUGAUGUAAAAGAACUUUAAUAAAUAGGUAAAAAACUA